AUGGAAAACGACCCGAACAACACUACGGCGGGUCGCGAGACUGGCCGGUGCAUGUCGGUGGCGGCUAUGCAGGCUUUACACCGGCUGCGCGAGUGCCGGCUGCUCUGUGACGCCAUCGUGCGCGCUGACGACGGCGCCGCCUUCCCGGUGCAUCGCGCCAUACUCUCCGCCUGCAGCCCAUACUUCCUGGCAUUAUUCACAACAACACUGCAUUCGCGAGAGCAAAGUGAUGUAAUGAUAUCUGGUGUACGCUCGGAAAUAUUGCUUUUGCUGAUAGAGUAUGCAUACUUGCGGCGCAUCGACGUUUCCGACACAAACGUUUAUGAACUCCUCAUGACCGCUGACUUCCUAGCAUUCCUCGGGGUUUUACAAUUGUGCUGUGACCACCUUCGACUCUCGCUCAAUCCAAAGAACUGCUUAGGAAUCAUGACAUUUGCGAGGCGUGUAUUUUGUUACAAACUUGAGGCUGAUGCUCGUCGAUACUUGUUACGUUACUUCGUAACAGUCGCUACGCAAAGUGACGAGUUUCUUCAUUUACCACUGGAAGAAUUGAAUUCCAUUAUACAAGAAGACGAAUUGAAUGUAAAAAGCGAGGAAGUGGUGUGGGAAGCUGUAUUGCGUUGGGUGAAUUAUGAUCCCGAUGCUCGUUGGCAGCAUACUGUGAAACUAAUGGGCAGUAUACGUCUUGGAUUGUUGGAUACUCAAUUCUUCCUGGAAAACGUGAAAGAUCAUCCUUAUGUGACUGGAAAUGAAGGAUCUCGGCCAAUAAUAAUAGAAACCUUAAAGUUUCUCUAUGACCUUGAAAUGAUUGCGCAAAGAGAUGGCGAAGUAGCUACACCAGAAAUCGCUAGACCAAGAGUUCCGCAUGAGGUGCUGUUUGCUAUCGGAGGUUGGAGCGGAGGGUCACCAACAGCAUUUAUUGAAACUUAUGAUACAAGAGCAGAUCGAUGGAUAAAAGUGGAGGAAGUAGACCCUGCAGGACCUCGAGCAUAUCACGGGACAGCUGUACUAGGUUACUGUAUUUAUGUUAUUGGUGGAUUUGAUGGAAUGGAUUAUUUUAAUUCGUGUCGUUGCUUUGAUGCCGUUACCAAGACAUGGCGUGAGGUAGCCCCAAUGAAUUCACGUCGCUGUUACGUAUCUGUAGCUGUACUCGGUGAAACGAUAUACGCAAUGGGCGGCUACGACGGACACCAUCGACAGAAUACUGCUGAAAGAUUCAAUCAUCGUACCAAUCAAUGGUCCCUUGUAUCGCCCAUGAAUGCUCAAAGGUCUGACGCGAGCGCUGCAGCGCUGGACAGUAAAAUUUAUAUAACUGGUGGUUUUAACGGGCAAGAAUGCAUGAAUAGUGUGGAAGUUUAUGAUCCGGAUACGAAUCAGUGGACUAAUUUAGCUCCGAUGCGCUCAAGACGGUCUGGCGUCUCUUGCAUAGCGUACCACAACAAGAUAUACGUAAUAGGUGGAUUCAAUGGAAUAUCGAGAAUGUGCAGCGGGGAGGUGUACGACCCGUCGACAAACAAUUGGUCGCCAGUACCGGACAUGUACAAUCCUCGCAGCAACUUCGCCAUAGAAGUGAUUGAUGACAUGAUAUUCGCGAUCGGUGGAUUCAACGGGGUCACGACCAUUUACCACGUGGAGUGCUACGAUGAGAAGACCAAUGAGUGGUACGAAGCGACAGACAUGAAUAUCUACCGAUCAGCGCUGUCUGCAUGCGUCAUCAUGGGUCUACCAAACGUAUACGACUACAUUCACAAACACCGCGAGCGUUUGAUGGAGGAGAAGCGACAGAAAAUACUUCUAUCUGAAACCGCCCGCCACGGCCAGCACCGUACUGCUCUACCGGAUGUUCACUUGAUCGAGGACAACGAUGACAUGUUGGAGCGACUUGGCCUGGUAGACAACCAGGUGGCGAACAACAUUCCCGUGCCCCCUCCGCCGCCGCCGCCCCCGCAACCUAUGGAGCAAGAUUGA